CCGGAGUUUCCCGCCAGAGCAGGGUCCUCUGGAAGGAGAGCUGUUUUCAACGAGGAAGUUCAGCUUUCGCUCCCACCUGCUUCACCUCUCUUCCUUGAAACCUGAAUGCUGCUUCUCGACUACUGUGUCUCACGUUAUGAGAAACCCCUUAACUGCCACAGUUUUCUUACCUGGCUCAUCGCCUCUUGGAUUUUGUAUCUUUACUACAGUCAGUGAUGUGAAAAGACCUGAAAUGGAGGACACUGCCGACGGGGUGAAGAUGGACGCUGGGGAGGUGACCUUAGUGAACCACAGCUCCGCCUUCAGAGCCCACCUCCUGCCACACUCAGGCUUUCCAGAGGACCAGCUUGCACUUUCUGACCAGCAGAUCCUGCCUUUCAGGCAGGGGACUCUACACCGAGCUUUCACGGGUUCUACAAGCAGUGCAGCCUAUAACCCAGACUAUCACUCAGGAUUCUUUGUCAGCAAGAUGAGAUCUCCUCCCCUAAAAAGACAUAACCCUUCCUCAGACAGUUUCCUUGGCUCAGGUGACAUAAGAACCUUUGGUCAAAGUGCAAAUGGACAAUGGAGAAACUCCACUCCAGCAUCAGGAUCAGCAUUACAAAAACCAAGAAAUAGCCGAAGUCUUUACCUCGAAACCCGGAAGACCUCAAGAUGUAGAAUCCUCUGGAACCGAGUUACAGACAGUUGUGGAUUGUCAAACACCUUUGUGGGCAAGUCCAAUCACCACUGCCAUGUGUCUGCCUAUGAAAAGUCAUUCCCCAUCAAGCCUGCCCCAAGUCCGUCCUGGAGUGGGUCGUGUCGGCGGAGUCUUUUAAGCCCCAAGAAAACUCAGAGGCGACAUUUCAGCACAGCAGAAGAGACAGUUCAAGAAGAAGAAAAGGAGAUCUACAGGCAGCUGCUGCAGAUGGUCACAGGGAAGCAGUUCUCCGUAGCCAAGCCCACCACACAUUUCCCUUUACAUCUGUCUCGGUGUCUUAGUUCCAAUAAGAACUCUUUGAAAGACUCACUGUUGAGAAACGGGAACUCUUGUGCAUCUCAUGUCAUUGGUUCUGAUACUUCGUCCUCUGGAUCUGCCAGCAUUUUAACUGCACAGGAACAGUUGUCCCACAGUGCACAUUCCCUGAUAUCUGGUACCCCAGAUGUUGCCUUUGGAUCCAAAGACUCCGCUCUUCACCAUCACCUCUCUGCACCUCAUCAGCCAGACAGUUUACCAGCAUCAAAUCCACAGUCUGAAGGGUCAGACUCUGUGAUUUUACUCAAAGUGAAAGAAUCUCAGACGCCAGCUUCCAGAUACCUCAGUCCAUUGAAGAGAAGUACUUGCCCCUACAUUAUUCCUUAUUCAGCAGUCACGGAUCUGCUCUCUAGCAGUCCUACUUUCUUCCAGGCAGAGCUUUGGAUCAAAGAAUUAACUAGUGUUUAUGACUCUCGAGCCCGGGAAAGAUUGCGCCAGAUUGAAGAGCAGAAGGCAUUGGCCCUACAGCUUCAAAACCAGAGACUGCAGGAGCAGGAGCAUGCAGUGCUUGAUUCCGUAGAGCUCCACCUUCGUGUUCCUCUGGAAAAGGAGGUCCCUGUCACAGCAGCCCAAGAAACCAGGAAAAAAAGUCACCAACUAACUGAUAGUGAAGACGAGUUCCCUGAAAUUACAGAGGAAAUGGAGAAAGAAAUAAAGAAUGUGUUUCGUAAUGGUAACCAGGAUGAAGUCCUCAGUGAGGCCUUCCGCUUGACCAUCACACGCAAAGACAUUCAGACUCUGAACCAUCUAAACUGGCUCAAUGACGAGAUCAUCAAUUUCUACAUGAAUAUGCUAAUGGAGCGCAGUAAAGAGAAGGGAUUUCCGAGUGUACAUGCCUUUAAUACCUUUUUCUUCACUAAACUCAAAGCAGCUGGUUAUCAGGCAGUGAAACGCUGGACAAAGAAAGUGGAUGUGUUUUCUGUUGACAUUCUCCUGGUGCCCAUUCACUUGGGUGUGCACUGGUGUCUGGCGGUUGUAGACUUUAGAAAGAAGAGUGUCACCUACUAUGAUUCUAUGGGCGGAGUAAACAAUGAGGCCUGCAGGAUCCUCUUGCAAUACCUAAAACAAGAAAGUGUCGACAAGAAAAGGAAAGAGUUUGAUACCAAUGGCUGGCAGCUCUUCAGCAAGAAAAGCCAGGAAAUCCCACAGCAGAUGAAUGGAAGUGACUGUGGAAUGUUUGCUUGCAAAUAUGCCGACUGCAUUACCAAAGACAGACCAAUCAACUUUACACAGCAACACAUGCCAUAUUUCCGGAAGCGAAUGGUCUGGGAGAUCCUCCACCGGAAGCUCUUGUGAAGACUGUCUCAGUGAGCAGACACUGAGCGUGUGGGGGACCAGCCUUUGCCAUCGACAGCCAGAGAGCUUGGAGACAGCCGCUCCUAACCCCUGUUCUGUACAGCCCUUGGUCCUGGGCCAGACCAGGCAAGACGCACUCACAAGCACACCUGCCUUCCUUUUGUAUCUCAGAUACUAUUUUUGCAAAGAAACUCUGGUGCUGUGAAAGGGGUGAGGGACAUCCCUACUGAAGAGAGAGGCUGCUUUUCACUUCAGCUCUGCCGUCUUGUUUUCCAAGGGCUCCAGCCUCACUGAGUCCCUCAUUAGGAGUCCAAGGAAAACUGGGGAAGAAUCUUGGUUUCAUGUAAACUCUUGUUGCUAGACCUUACCGAGAAGUAGGAAAGGGCACGGCAGCAGGUAGGAUAAAACCACCAGCGCCGUAGUCAUACACGCAGUCCCUAGGAUGCAGGGUCACAAAUGGAACUGUGAACUGGACUCUGAGGCACACGCUUAAGUCCCCUCCUCCAGAGCCUUCCUAUUUAUGUGCCCUCCAUGAAACUGACUGCUUCUCCUCAAGGCUGUUUCCUCACUGGUCGAGUCCCAUCCUGAGCACACUGCACAAGCCCCGGCAGACCCUAAAGCCUCGAGCAGGCCUUUCCUCACAGGCGGGGGUUGCAUGUGCGAGCAGGCCGUGCUGUGGGGAGAGCCACCCAGGAGUGUUGAGUGCAGCAGCCAGGGCCCAGCUUCACUGCUGCCUGCUGCUGACCAAGAAGUGGGACUUCAGUGGUCAGAGUCACAUGCCAGAGUUGGAUGAGUACAGGUCUAGGGUGUCUGUGGCUAGUUAGUUUAAAUAUGUUUCUAACCACAGAGAGUUUUAUAUACAUAUAUACCUAUAUGUGUGUAUACAUACAUAUAUAUACACACACAUAAAUGUGAAAUAUAUAUUUCACAGGGAUAUGCUUUUAAAAGAAAAAAAGACUGAAUGUGUUCACCAUUUAGUCUGUAGGUUUAUUUUCAUCUUUCAAACUCCAGCACACAGAGAUCCCAGCAAGCCCUGUUUAUGGGCAUUUGUAGAUUUCCUAAGAGUAUUUUGAGACCUGGAUGAAUCUGGUUUAGGAGUAAAGGUUAUCAAGGUAAAUGACAUUGCCAGCUGAAGAACGGGUGGAGCUUAGCUUGAUAAACUUGAGGUUUUUAAACUGCUCUUUCCUUCGUUGUUUGUAGCACCUCUCCCGCCCUCGCAGAGCUCCUGAGGUGAGAUGGUGAGGUGACAGUGCCAGUGUCGUUUUGUACUUAAGUUCCACUACAGGGACUUUUUCUACUUUGUGUAUGGUGACCGGUAGUUUUCUAUGCAGUCUUCUCCCCGCCGCCCCUGUGCCCAGCCCUUCCAGCACUGUGCUCUCUCCUUGGGCUUAAUUGGAAAUUGUACUCUGUUUUAUACCAAGCCUGUUUAGUACAUUUUUCUAUGUUUUACCACAAGUUACAAUUUGAAAACAACAACUAUUUUUUUUACUACGCCAUUGUUAAAUGAAUGUUCGGUCUCCACUCCAGCAGCCUCCCUCCCUGCAUGUUGGGGGCCGGGGCCUGUACCUUAGUGUUUCUCUCUCGCUGCUCCUUCCUCACUCCUCCUCCCUUUUCUCUUGAUUUUCCAUAGGAAAUAAAUAGCUUUCUGUAUAUGAGUUGCUGGGCCCUUUCACACUCUCUCUAGAGCACUGGCACAGACUCAGCGCAGGAGUGGAGAACACUGCUGAACGCUGGUCCUCGCUGACGUAGGCACAGCUCACACAGACCUGAUCGAAAGACAGACAGACAGCUUCUCAGGCCUUGCUCACUCACACCCCGGGCUCUUCACAAGAUGGUUCCCACUGUUUGUUCCUUUACACAGAAUCUGUUUUGUCUUCCCCAGAGACUUUUUGUAUGGACCAAAGCAACAAAUACUCAUUGCCAUGGACAACAGAGUGUGAGGUGUACAACAAAAGCACUUUGUGAAAUAGAGUUGUCGAGCCAGUCUGAGGUUGGCUCCCUUUCUCCGAUGCAGUUUAAAUAGGACCAGGUAAAAGCCAGUGAUCCCAAGACCACUGUCCUUCCCAGGAGUAAUAGGAGUAAGUAAGUCAGACCGUGACGGGUGGCCUAAUGGGAACAAGUACAGACUUGCACACGGUAGGCCAUCCUCAGAGAGCCAGCUAAGAGGAGCAGGACAAGGAUCUGAAAACUCCUUCAAGUCAAGAGUGAGCGAAUGGCAAUGACAAGACGGAAGCUGUGUGUAUUUCAUGGCCAAGGGCAUGCUGCCAGUGUCUUGUUUGACCUGCUCUAAACAGAAUAUGCCUGUCGUUCUCCCUUUCUGUCCCUUUCCCCUAUGUUCCAUGCUCAUAGCCGUCUCCCCUCCCCUAUAAAAGGGAUAUCUGAGGGAGGAUAAGCACUACAGGGCGGUUACAGACUCCAGCAACCCCAGCAGUCAUCCCUGCAGUGUACACAGAGAAAAUGAGAUGAUCCUGCCCUUUGCAGAACAUGUGCUAUGAUGUGUGGAAGCUGCAUCCUCUUAUCACUUAAGAUCCAUUGUGACGCGCAGGAGUCCUGUGUAGGGUUCAGUGUGAGUACUUGUCCACAGACAGCCUAGAGACUCGCUGCCCAUUCACUCUUCUGUGAGGACUACUACUAGUCCUUAGACUGCCUCAGCACUGCUUUAGCAUUUAGUGGUUCAAGGGGACAGCAGAUGACCCAGCAAAAUGUUCCAGCACCACCACCUGGUUUCCCACACCCAUGGUGCAAUCUAUCAUCAGUGGAUGGAGAGAGCAUUCUUCAAAGAGCUUUGUGUUCGAAUCUCCACCUCUGAUCUUCCCGUGUCAUCCUCCCAAGCUCCGACCGAAGGUCAGAGUAAAGAGAGACUGACAUCUUACGGUUUCCUUGCUCUACCUUCAGUAAGACGCUCUGAGUCAAUGUCUAAGGUCAGGUCAGCGCUACCUCGGGUGUAGAAUUAGAACUACACAAGAGUCUGGCUAAAUGCAGCGUGCCUAGAAGUAGGCCGGCUGCGGGAAGGCAAAGGUGGGAGAGUGGUACCCGAGGGGAACGCAGGCUCCAUUCUUCGCAGGCACAUUCAGUUCUUGUGUAAGGACCCACUAAGUAUGUGCACCGAAAUCUGAUUUAAAGCUCUCCCUGGUCACACUAUCUAUGGCCUGACUUCUCCCUGUUUGUCUUGUCAUCUGCUUUUCUCACAGGGGUGGGGCCUUUCAGGGGAGGGGGCAUGGAACUGCCAAGCUGAGGAGAAUGGAUUGGUGCUGUUUUUCUAGCCAGGAUUGCAAGCAUCUGUAUUCUAGUCUGGAAAGAACAAGACAGACAGGGCUCGUUCUCCGAAACAUUUCUUAAGAAUAACAGUGUUGCAAGGGUGCGAGGAGACUUGAUUAUUUGUCAUAACUUCCAAAUACUGUAGGCUCAGAGCGCAGAUCCUGACCUCCAACAGUGUUCUCUUGGCCUUUAACAGAAGCACCUUCCUCAUCCCAUGUUCAGCAGGUUGCAGUGUGGGGCUCUCAGGCUAUACCCCAGAGGCUUAUCAGAACAUCUUCUUAACUCUGUGGGUAGCAGGUUCAUCCUCCACCCUUUUUAUUGACAGGGAUGCAUGCCCCUUGCACAUUCAGAUGGUGGGUUCCUUUCUCUUUGUCUUGUCCUAUAAAGGCACUUGCCUUACUUGAAACUCAUGGAAAGCUUCUGUCUGAGGGUUUCGUAAGUGUGAGGUCAAGCACUAGACUUUGGAGCCCUGAAGGGUGAGAAAGAUGGUUUAACAAAGGAAGUACAAGCCACUGUGUCCUCAGGGCCUUACAGUCUGUAAGUUUAUAGUUUGCCUGAUUUGGAAGGCUGAGUAAACACAGACACACCUUUUCAAGAAAGAAUACAAACUCAUUAGCACAUAGUUCAGAAUGAAGCUGAAGUGUGGGGGAAAGGGCAGAGGUGGAAAUGUGUCAGGGAUGAUGUCGCCUUUAUCUGUAUAUGUGACUCCCUUGGGUUUUUAAAUUCACUUAUUUAAAAUAAAUUCUGUGGAUUUUGCUUCUGUGCUUUGACUGGGAACUCCCAGGACUCAAUAAUAUAUUUGUGUGUCUCUGA